AUGCGUUUCAACGCCGCCCUUCUCUUUGCAGCGUGGCUCACCCGCGAUGUUGUACAUGCAACACCUGUCCGCGGAGGUGGGAGCCAGGCCGAUCUGCAGGCGCCAUUGGAGGACCUGAAAGAUUCACACCCUCAACCCGAAACCUCGCAACGACGACUGCAGGGCAGAUUCUUGCACAUCACUGAUCUCCAUCCAGAUCCCUUCUACAAGGUUUAUUCGUCGACCGAAGAGAACGACGCCUGCCAUCGUGGAAAGGGCACUGCGGGCACGUACGGCGCUGAAACCACCGACUGCGAUACCCCCUUCUCGCUGGUGAACGCGACCUUCAAAUGGAUCGCGGAGAAUAUCAAGGAUGAUAUCGAUUUCGUGGUAUGGACGGGCGACUCGGCGCGGCACGACAACGAUGAGAAGAUUCCUCGAAAGGAAGCCGAAGUGCUGAGCACCAACAGAUGGAUCGUGGAGAAGUUCCGAGAUGUCUGGGGCGAGGGCGGCGACGCCUUUUCAAUCCCUAUUGUGCCCACGUUUGGCAACAAUGAUAUCCUGCCGCACAAUAUCCUCUCUUCGGGACCCAACAAGUGGCUCAAGGAAUUCAGCCGUAUCUGGAGCAGCUUCAUACCGGAGGAGCAGACGCAUGGCUUCGAGCGAGGUGGCUGGUUUUACGUCGAAGUAAUCCCUAACAAAUUGGCGGUCUUCAGUCUCAACACUCUCUACUUCUUCGAUCGUAACGCUGCGGUUGACGGCUGUGCUUUACGGUCUGAGCCUGGCUACGAACAUAUGGAAUGGCUUCGAAUCCAGUUGGGAUUCAUGCGGGAACGCGGCAUGAAGGCAAUCCUCAUGGGCCACGUCCCUCCUGCUCGAACUGGAAGCAAGCAGCUCUGGGACGAGACUUGUUGGCAGAAAUACACUCUGUGGCUUCGACAAUAUCGCGAUGUUGUCAUAGGCGGCCUCUACGGCCACAUGAACAUUGACCAUUUCAUGUUCCAAGAUACAGAUGAGAUUGAUCUUGUCCUUCUUGGAGACAAUCCGUCUGCUCUUCAAGCUGUACGGUCCAGCAUGGACGACGAGUUCACGAUCGAGUCUGCCAAUGACUACCUGGAAGAGUUACGUGAUAAUUGGUCUGACCUUCCAAAUCCAGCUGCUGCCAUAAAGGAUGAAGAUUCUUCGAAAAAGAAGAAGGGGAAGAAGAGCAAGAAGGAAAGGGCUCUUAAAAAGAUCGGCGGCCCAUGGGGGGAACGGUUCCACACCACCUUCGUUUCUCCCAGCGUGGUGCCGAAUUACUUCCCAACUCUCCGGAUAAUAGAGUACAACAUUACCGGACUUGAAAAUGAAAAAGUCUGGACAGAUGUCCGCCCAAAAUCAGGGACUAGUCAGCAGAUUGAUCGGCCUGUCGAGGAGGCCGAGAUGUACGUUGAAGAUUAUGAGGAUGAUGUUGACGAUACCGAGACAAGUCCUGGGGUAGAUGAUGAGUCUGUUGGCAAGAAGAAGAAAAAGAAAAAAGGCAAGAAGCACAAGAAGAAACCGUCGAACCCUGAUCUUGUUAUUCCGCCCCCGCCCUCGAAGAAGUCCCCUCCGGGCCCCGCUUAUUCCCCUCAAACAUUGACCAUGCUUGGCUACAAACAAUACGUUGCAAACUUAACAUUCAUCAACAACGACUUCACCAAAACCGAAGUCCCUGAAGAUGAUGUUGACGCAGAUAAAUGGCGAAAAGGCAAGCACCAUGGCGAGGAUCCGAAGAAGAUUGCAAAACCGAACCCUUUCGAGUACAAGAUUGAAUAUGACACAUCCACCGACCCGACCUACAAGCUGAAAGAUAUGACUGUGCGGAGUUACAUCGAACUCGCUCACAGGAUCGGCCAGUAUAAGCCCGUGAAAGGAGACCAAGUUGACGAGCUUCGCGUCGAGGAAUUUGAUGAGGAAGUCGAAGAUGAUUCUGAUGCCGACGACGAUGACGAUGACGAUUAUGAAGAUAAUGAUAUGAACGGGGGAAAGAAGAAGAAGAAGAAGAAGAAGAAGCACAGGAAGCGCCGUCGCAAGCAGCUCAAGAAGAACAAAGUCUGGCUGCAAUUCAUCAAGCGUGCCUUCGUAGGCACAGUGGAAGAAGACGGCUUGCGAGCAAUCGCAGAAGCUCCCGAGACCCCAGUGCUGCCGGCCAGUGAGGGGAUACCAACAGAUGCGCAUGAUGGCGAACUAUGA